CUUCUCCUUAGAAUUUUCUUUGUGUUCUUCUUCGUCUCGUCUAGGUGAUUUUGUGACGUCUCCCGAGUUUUUAUGCAUUCCGAGGCUCGAUUUUAUAUCCCCCGUUUUAUUCAUUAGCAUCCGUUAGUUUGAAUCAAUCAAAUUGGUGAUCAGAAGAAGAUUGGACAAAGAUGGUUCUGGGUUGUUUCCCUCUGAAGAGCAAGAAGAAACGUGGCUCGGUGUCUAUGAAGCGGUUUGAUCCUGAAGAGAGUAGGCCAACUGCUUUACCUGAGCCGCCCAAGAUUCCAGGCCGUAAUUUACAAUCGGCUCCUCCGAGUUUCAGAACUCGUGUGAAGCCUAUCCAGUCUGGUAGUGGUGGAACCGGAGAGAGGGGUAGCCGUGCCAGAGUGAUGUCUGCUCCGUCUAGCAUUCACGGUGCUGCGGAAAGGGAUUUUCUUGUUGGAGUUUAUCACGACGACCAAGAUGACCAACCAAGAGACCCACGCUCUUCUACUAAAGAAUCUAGUCCUCAACCGCUUCCCCUGCCAUCCCCAAAGACUGGUUCUUCCUUGAAGAAUUGGGGAAGCUUUAAGUCCUUCAAUGGAAGCAGCGGUCGCUUGUCCUCAUCCGCAGCUCCAUCUGGACCUUUGCCUUUGCCACCUAGCGGGACUGUUAGGAGCUUCUCAUAUGAUGAAGUGGCUGCUGCUUGUAGCGCUUUUUACACUGACCGAUGUGUGUUGGAAGGUCUUUCUUCUGUUAUGUACAUGGCUUCCUUUGGUGAUGAAGCUUCUACCUCAGCCUUAAAGAAGGUCGACGCAACUGUUGUGCGACUUCACGUGACUACUCAGAGUAUCAGAGAGUUCAUUAAUGAAGUGAACACAUUGGCCUCGCUGCAACACCAAAAUCUGUGUAAACUGGUAGGCUAUCAUGCCCGUGAUGGUUCUGACACAAGAAUGUUGGUGUACGAGAGGCUGACUCUCGGUAGUUUGGACCGGUUGCUGCAUGGGAGAUCAGAUGGCCCUCCACUUGAUUGGAACACUAGAAUGAAGAUUGCUCUUUGCGCAGCUCAGGGCUUAACCUUCUUGCACGAAGAAGGCCCGUUUCAGGCAAUGUACAAUGAAUUUUCUACUGCUAGUAUCCAAGUCGACAAAGAUUUCAGCGCCAAGCUAUCGGGAUACGGUUGUGCAGGGAAUGUUCCCGAGACAGAGACAUCAAACAGUUCAGCACUUGCAAACCUCUCGGUGGAGACACUAGAGAGAGGGCUUUUGACCCCGAAGAGCAACGUGUGGAGCUACGGAAUAGUUCUUCUUGAGAUGUUGACGGGGCGGAAGAACAUGGACGGAGCUUACCCGAAAGAAGAGAGGAACUUGGUGAAAUGGAGCCGAGCUUUUCUAGCAGACGAUUGCAGGCUCUCACUCAUAAUGGAUCCUCAGCUGAAAGGUCGGUUCCCGAUGAAAGCUACAAGGAGCGUAGCGGAUAUAGCACAGAAAUGUCUGCAGGUGGAGCCAUCAGAGCGUCCAACCAUGAGAAACAUUGUGGAACAACUCAAGGUCAUACAGGACAUGAAGUACUCGUGUAGGUUCCCGUUAAGAGAACCCGCACCGGUCACGGAAAGGAAACAUAUGGGAAGAUCAAGCAGCCUCAACACCAUUGUUUGGACCCCAGCGUCAGCGCCACCAAGGUCAAGCUUUUCACCCUCGCCUCCUCCACGACGACCGUCGGUUUCACCCAUAAGGGAACGGGAACGGGCGCUCGCGUUCCCACCAGUGUUUCCGCCAAGAGCUUGUUCAUCCUUGGAGGAGAUGGCUAGGGAAGAGGUUCGGAGAUCGUCUUCAGCGAGUGGUAGGAGAACUAGUCUGGAAGGGUUUUGAUUUGUUCAUAUUUCUUUCUUCUUUUUCGUCCUAUUUGUUUUCUAUAUUUUUGGCCUUGAUUUGUUUUUUUUUGGAUUCCAAAUAUAUAUAUAUAAAAAAAAAAGUUUUUUUUUCUUUCCUUUUUCUUGGCGUUAUUUAUGAAUCCGGAGAGAUUGGUUGUGAUUGCUGUACAUAAUAAUCAAACAUUUCUUCUUUUAGAUUUAAUAAUCAACAUUGUACAUAAUA